CGAAGAUCAAGAUUGUCUCUGUGAUUGAGAUCAACAAGAUGUCUAUCAAGAGGAUAGAGGAAAAUGUGCCACGCGCGCACAUCGAGCACCCUGCACCUAUCGGGGUCGAGAAUGAUGUUGAUGUUUCGACAGAGAAGCGUUCUUGGAGGAGCUAUCUUUGGGAUACAUGGGACAAGAGUCCAGAAGUGAGACGACUCCUGACCAAGGUCGACUGGACACUCGUGACAUUUGGCUGUUUGGGCACUUUCAUCAAGUUCUUGGAUCGACAAAAUCUGAGUACGGCCUUCGUGUCUGGAAUGAAGGAAGACCUAGGCUUCUAUGGAAAUCAACUGAUCUACGCGAACGCAAGUAUCCCCCCAGCACUAUUCCAUGAAAGAUCAUUAAGAGACAAGACAGACUUGCUACAGUGUUGCAUCGAUCAUUGCUCUUUGGCCGAGCAAUCUGAUCUUGACUCGCACCAGUCCAAGAUACUUCAUCACGUUCUUGGAGGUGGGAUGGACAAUAACGUGAGCUGCUUCAAUGUGCCCAGCCUCAGUCUUGUCAUUCUUACGAUAUGCAACAGCACCUUUGCCCAAUCAGCCAUGAAGACUUCGACACAGAUGUAUGUGUUGAGAGCAAUUCUUGCUCUGUUCGAAACAGGGCACUACUCUGCCAUAAUGUACCUUUGCGGCUCGUGGUAUCAAAAAGGAGAACUAUCUCGGCGCAUGGCGAUCGUGAAUAUGGCAGCACAAGCUGGUCCCAUGUUCAGUGCCUAUCUUCAAACGGCAGCGUAUUCUGGCUUGAACGGCGUAAAUGGCAUGGAAGGAUGGCAAUGGUUGUACAUCAUCGACGGAGUCUUUUCGGUUGGAAUCAUCAUUCCUCAAUUUUUCCUGCUCCCUGAAACUCCCGCCCGUCUGAAGCCAAAUUGGAUAUUCUCACAGAAGGAAAUCGAGUUGGCAAGAGAUCGAAUGCCCAAGGAAGGACGUGUCAGGCAAGGCAGAUUCACAAAGACUCAGAUCAAGAGAUGGUUUACAACGCCAGAGAUCUGGCUACUCUCUCUCAUUGCAGCGUCCCAGAACAUUGGCUAUACACCAAAUCAAUCUCUUCCAUUCUGGUUCAAGGCAUGGAAUACCAUCAAGAAAGGCUCUUUCACUGUUCAGCAGAUCAAUGACUACACUACACCGCUGUACGCUGUAACCAUUACAGUCACUACUUGCAUGGCGUGGGCUAGUGAUACCAUUUUCAAAGGUCGUCGAUGGCCUAUGCUCAUUCUGGGUGGAGCGGUCAACUUUGUGGUUUGCAUCCUUCUGGCCACCACGCCUGUAUUCCCCAAGAAUCGAGCAUUUCGCUGGUUUCUGUAUUACAACACUGGAUGGGGAGAGGCUUCUAACUGUAUGUUCUGGGCAUGGACAUCGGAAAUCUUGGCGGGAGAUCCUGCUACGCGUGCUUUCGCAGGAGCUAGUCUCCAGGUAUGGUCACAAGUUUUUGCAGCGACAAUUCCUCUUGCGGUCUUCCAGACAGUCCACCAGCCAGCGGUCAAAUCCGGUAACUUCACGGCAGCUGGCUUUUGGAUUGUCCAGAUCAUCUGCGCUCUCACACUGGCAUAUAUACAGCACCAAAAGAGCCUUCGGCCAGUCGAGAUUGUCAAAGCUGAAAGCGAUAGUGUUCAGAGUGAAGAUGUGGAUCCGGGAUCAGAAAAUGUGCAGGAGCUCAACGUUGUAGAGCUUUCGAAGCAAGCUUAGAACGACGUGGGGCCAGUUUGCAAAUAUGCGCAUCGUGGAAGGGGAGGAGUCGUCUGCAGUGAUGGUGCGAACCUCUGUUUGAGUUCCUACCAAGGUGCUGGAAGCUGUUUUGGGUAAGAAGCGUGGUCGAAUGUUGCAAAUGAGUACACUCAGGUCAGUGUACUGCUUGCGUGUGACAAUGAUUAGCAUACAUGUGUUGUGGCUAUCAUGCGCCAAGUGGCCUGACUGGAGAGCAAUUGAUGAGGUCGAUACCGAGGGAGACUUUGAGAUUUCCUCCGAAGCAAGCAAAUCUGCUGUCGUGUUCCGAUGCUCGAUAUAAUUGGC